UACAAAUAAAAAUAAAUAAUUACUAAUAACAAUUUGCUAUGAAAGUCUAGUGAAAAUCGAAUGUGUUUUGAUUAAAUCAUAUAAAAUAUAUAAUUACAAAAAAAAUCUAAAAACAACAAAAAAUUCCCCCUACAAAACGCGUGCAACAAGUUAAAUCCAGCUACAAGUUGUAAACCAAGUUAGAACUACACACACACACAGACACAGACGCGUACACAAAUACUCGCUCGCUCAAUACACACACACACACACACGCAUAGACUUUAACAAUGUCAAGUGAAAACAUUCUUUGGAAGCAACAGGUUUCGCCCUAAUAAGUGUUAUAAAGAAGCGCGUCCAGAACUGUUGUCGACUUUAGCCAGAAGUCUUUAUAUGUACAUACAUAUACAUAUAUAUAACAUAGUUAAUGAAUUUAUCAGUAAUACCUACAUGCAUAUAUAGUGUAUAAAUACAAAGCAGAAAUUGAGGAAAAUAGAAAAUAAGAUUUUUGUGUGACUGCAACCAGUUGGAACGAAAGUCGAACAAAAAGAAACAGAACCUGAAAAGUUCUUAGAGCGCGAAAAAAGACGAAAGAGCAAAACCUCAAUAUGGAUUCGUUUUACGAUGGCGACCUCAAAGAUAUAUGGGACUCCGAUUUAGAUCCGACGGAAUCCUUGAAAAUUAGCAGCGAUCAUGAUAUGCACGAUUGGUUUUACGAUCGUGAUGUCAAGGAUCCAGCUGUCAUACUACACGACAAGCUCAUUUCCGAUGCGCUGCUCAAUGGCACGGGACCAAUCAAAACGGAGCAUUCCUACAGUCUCAAUAGCGAUGGUGACUCCCUGCCCGAUUCACCAAAAAGCCUGCAGGCAAAAAUCGAUGAUAUGGAUGACGAGUGCUACUCUGGCAGUGGUCGCAUCACCAUCGAUCCCAAAUGCCUAACACUACACCCGCCCGCAAGAAACAGUCGCAGCAGCGCAAUGCUGAGCAGCACGAGUGGAGCCAUCGCCAGUGCGAGCUCCGCGUUGAGCACAGCCAUCACAGAGUUGGCGGCGGCAAGCACAGCGCGAGCCAGCGAGCUGCACCACCAGCAGCAGCAACAGCAACAACAGCAGCAGCUCCACCAGCACCACCAGCAACAGCAACAGCACCACCACCAGCAGCAUGCUCCCAGCAGCAGCAGUGACAGCAGUGGAAUGCACGUAACGCUGGAGCACUUUCAACUACCUCAACACUUGGCGGAUAUGUACGAUGAUAACGAUUGCAGCUCAUCGGUGUCAUCGGCCAGAGAGGGCAGCAUAUCGCCGGAUAUAUGCUCAGAUAUUGAAAUCGAUGAGGCGAUCAUCAAGGAUGAGCCCAUGUCGCCCGAUUCCAGCUGCCCCGCCAGUCCAAACUCACAGAUCAGCAACGCCCAGCAGCUGAGCCUUAAUCUGGCCAAUUUGCAAACAGAAUUGCUCUUCGACCAAAAGCACGGUGGCCUUUUGUUAGCCACCAGCAGCCAGAGCCUAAUCAAAUCACAGCAGCAGCAGCAGCAGCUCUUGCUUGGGCAAAGCAGCCAGAGUCUGAUGCUGCCCAAGAUCGCCAUCAAAAGCGAAAAGCAAAGCAACGCAAGCAGCAGCAACAGUAGCAGCUCGGGCAAGUCGCACGCCUAUGGCAUACCUUUGACGCCGCCCUCUUCGCUGCCCAGCGAUGACUCCGAGGGCAAUUUGUCGCCAGAGCAUUUGUAUGCCCCACUGUCGCCCAAUGCUUCGGCAGUGGCUAAUGGCGAAGCGGCCCAAAAUACAAGUGCGCGACGAACUGCUGCAGCUAUAACACGAGCGGCGAGCAACAGCAGCAGCAACAAUGGAGGCGCCACCAGCAAUGCAACGCCCUCGACGAGGCAGCCGAUACAUACGCCUCUCAUAAGCUCACAGCCAAAAGGCUCAACGGGAACGCUGCUGCUGACGGAGGAGGAGAAGCGCACGCUGCUAGCCGAGGGCUAUCCCAUACCACAAAAGCUGCCGCUAACCAAAGCCGAAGAGAAAUCGCUUAAGAAAAUACGACGCAAAAUUAAAAAUAAGAUCUCUGCUCAGGAAAGUCGUCGUAAGAAGAAGGAAUAUAUGGAUCAGCUGGAACGGCGUGUGGAAAUUCUGGUUACUGAGAAUCAUGAUUACAAGAAACGCCUUGAGUCACUGGAGGAGACCAAUGCCAAUCUACUUAGUCAGCUGCACAAACUGCAGGCCCUAGUUAGCAAGCACAAUAUGGGAAAGAAAAACAAAUAUAAGAAAGACGAGUCAGCAGCUCCAGCGCAAGCUCCGCAACAGCAGCAGCAGCAACAACAAGCUGCACCUGCAGCGGGUGCAGGACCCCGUCUGCCAGCUGCCGAUGAUAGUCAGCAGCGCCCACCACAGGGUGGCCAAUUGGGUGGAAGUCAGCAGCGCCCACCACAGGGUGGCCAAUUGGGUGGAAGUCAGCAGCGCCCCCAGCAAGGCGGUCAACAGGGUGGCUUUCAGCAGCGCCCCCAGCAAGGCGGUCAACAGGAUGGCUAUCAGCAGCGCCCCCAGCAAGGCGGUCAACAGGGUGGCUAUCAGCAGCGCCCCCAGCAAGGCGGUCAACAGGGUGGCUUUCAGCAGCGCCCCCAGCAAGGCGGUCAACAGGGUGCCUAUCAGCAGCGCCCCCAGCAAGGCGGUCAACAGGAUGGCUAUCAGCAGCGCCCCCAGCAAGGCGGUCAACAGGGUGGCUAUCAGCAGCGCCCCCAGCAAGGCGGUCAACAGGGUGGCUAUCAGCAACGGCCUCCGCAGGGCGGUAAGGAACGCCCCCAGCAAGGCGGUCAACAGGGUGGCUUUCAGCAGCGCCCCCAGCAAGGCGGUCAACAGGAUGGCUAUCAGCAGCGCCCCCAGCAAGGCGGUCAACAGGGUGGCUAUCAGCAGCGCCCCCAGCAAGGCGGUCAACAGGAUGGCUAUCAGCAGCGCCCCCAGCAAGGCGGUCAACAGGGUGGCUUUCAGCAGCGCCCCCAGCAAGGCGGUCAACAGGGUGCCUAUCAGCAGCGCCCCCAGCAAGGCGGUCAACAGGAUGGCUAUCAGCAGCGCCCCCAGCAAGGCGGUCAACAGGGUGGCUAUCAGCAGCGCCCCCAGCAAGGCGGUCAACAGGAUGGCUAUCAGCAGCGCCCCCAGCAAGGCGGUCAACAGGGUGGCUUUCAGCAGCGCCCCCAGCAAGGCGGUCAACAGGGUGCCUAUCAGCAGCGCCCCCAGCAAGGCGGUCAACAGGAUGGCUAUCAGCAGCGCCCCCAGCAAGGCGGUCAACAGGGUGGCUAUCAGCAGCGCCCCCAGCAAGGCGGUCAACAGGGUGGCUAUCAGCAGCGCCCCCAGCAAGGCGGUCAACAGGGUGGCUAUCAGCAGCGCCCCCAGCAAGGCGGUCAACAGGGUGGCUGUCAGCAGCAACCACAGAGUGUGGCCAAGGGCCCGCCACUGCCCCAAACUGGCAACAUAAAGCGUGGCACUCUGGGCCGCGCCGGCUUUGUGGGUAUUAAUUAUUUGGAUGUGGACUUAAGCAAGAUGCCAAGCACUGCAUAUCACUAUGAUGUUGUUAUAGUGCCGGAGCGUCCAAAGAAAUUUUAUCGCAACGCCUUUGAGGUGUUCCGAACACAGCAUUUGAAUAACGCCAUAGCCGCUUUCGAUGGACGCAAAUCGUGCUAUUCUGUAGACAAGCUGCACAACACAACAGGCGAAGUGCAGGUGGCAGAUAGUCAUGGCCGCACCGUCCGCUAUACCUUAACCAUUAAAGAGACGGAUAAGUCGCUAGUGGAGCUCAGCUCACUUCGAAGCUAUAUGAAUGACAAGAUCUAUGACAAACCAAUGCGUGCACUGCAAUGUCUAGAGGUGGUGCUUGCCGCUCCCUGUCAUUCGCGUGCCAUACGUGCGGGUCGCUCGUUCUUCAAGAACUCUGGUAACGGCGAGGGUUACGACCUUGGAGACGGUUAUGAGGCUUUGGUUGGACUGUAUCAGACCUUUGUGCUGGGUGAUAAGCCAUUUGUAAAUGUCGAUGUCUCACACAAGUCGUUCCCAAAAGCAAUGUCUAUGAUUGAAUACCUGGAGCGCUUUGAAAUAAUGUCGAAAAUAACUUCAACUACAAGGCUUAAUAAUACUUAUCGCAUAAUACAAUUUAUAAAGGGCAUUAAUAUCGUGUACGAGCCACCGAAAUGUUUUGGUUCUGCUCCUCGUGCAUACAAAGUUAACGGGCUGUCGCUACAGUCGGCCAGCGACCAAAAGUUCGAAAUGGAAGGCAAAACGUUGACCGUCAAUGACUACUUUCGUUCACGCAACUAUAACUUGAAAUUUCCCCAGCUGCCGUGUCUCCACGUUGGCCCACCAGCAAAGAAUAUCUACUUGCCCAUUGAGCUGUGCCGCAUUGAAGGGGGACAGGCGCUAAAUCGCAAGGACGGCGCAAAUCAGGUUUCACAAAUGAUACGUUAUGCAGCCACACCAACAGACGAACGCAAGAAAAAAAUAAUGGAUCUAUUGCAAUACUUUCAACACAAUAGUGAUCCGACUAUCAGUCGAUUUGGUAUACACAUUGGUGCUGAUUUUAUUACGGUGAAUAGUCGUCUGCUGCCUGCACCGCGGCUGGAGUACAAGAAUAAAAAAUUUGCCUUUCCAUCAAAUGGAGCAUGGCGCAUGGAUCAAUGUCAUUUUCUUAAUGCAACAGCAAAGGCUCACAAGUGGGCUAUACUCCAUUGCGAAUCAGCACGCAUGCAUUACAACAAAGUUUGCGACUUCAUGGAAAUGGUCGUUCAACAAUGUGGCUUCGUGAAAGUUUGUUUGGAGCCCCAGGCAGAUAUUCGUACUUUCAGAGAUGAACGUAAUUUAGAUGAUCACUUCAAGGAUCUGAAGAGCAAGCGAUACGACUUGGUAUUUGUUAUCAUACCAUCACGGGGAGCCACCUAUGAGGUUAUCAAGCAGAAAGCCGAAUUGCAGCAUGGCAUUUUGACGCAGUGCAUCAAGCAGAAUAAUGUGGAACGUCGCCUCAACGCUCAAUUAGUAGGAAAUAUCUUGUUGAAGGUCAAUUCCAAGCUGAAUGGCAUCAAUCAUAAGCUCGAGGAUAAUCCACAAACAAAGCUAUCGAAUGUUAUGUAUUUGGGUGCAGAUGUCACUCAUCCUUCGCCGGAUCAACGUGAUAUACCAAGUGUGGUGGGUGUGGCCGCAUCACAUGACGUUUACGGCGGCUCAUUCAACAUGCAAUAUAGAUUGCAAUGCGGAGCCGGCGGCGGUGCAGCCGAGGAAAUUUUAGACAUGGAGUCCAUUGUAACCGAACACUUGCGUGUCUAUCAACAGCAUCAGAAACGCUACCCUGAUCACAUUAUAUAUUAUCGUGAUGGCGUCAGCGAUGGUCAAUUCAUGAAAAUCAAGAACCUUGAACUGAAAGGAAUCUAUCGGGCUUGUGACAAGCUGAAGAUUAAGCCACAUAUGUGUUGCAUUAUUGUUGUAAAGCGUCAUCACACACGCUUCUUCCCAAAGGAGCCGCCGCAUCCAAGAAAUAAAUUCAACAACGUUGAGCCUGGCACUGUGGUCGAUCGAAUCAUUGUUCACCCGAACGAGAUGCAAUUCUUCAUGGUUAGCCAUCAGUCCAUUCAGGGCACUGCGAAGCCCACACGCUACAAUGUUAUUGAGAAUACGGCCAAAAUAGAUAUUGAUAUAUUGCAACAAUUGACAUAUAAUUUGUGCCACAUGUUUCCACGUUGCAAUCGCUCCGUCUCAUAUCCAGCUCCAGCCUAUUUGGCUCACUUGGCUGCAGCGCGUGGACGAGUCUACAUAUAUGGCUCUCGUCUAUGCCGAUCACCAGAGGAGGAAUAUAAGCGGCGCAUGAUUAAUGCAGAUUUUCUGACAACUAACCCUAUGUAUUUCGUUUAAAAAAAAGCAAAGACUAAAUCUUCAUUAUAUUCAUUGAAUGUUUUUUAUUUUAUCACAUUUUUUAAACUAUAUAAAUUAUACAAUUAUAGACAUAACCAGUUUUAAAUAGAACCGACUGUCUA